ACCGCCCGGUGUGUUCCCGCGAGCAUCCCGGGCACGAGCAGCGCGCUCCGCGCUCUGUGCCGCGCACACCGGGCGGGCGGGGCGACAUUUACCGCCCGUUGGUCGCUCCCUCGUGGAACGAGCUUUAAUUACAGCCGCCCCGCCCCGCCUCACCGGACCGGACAUGGCGCGCGGGACGCGACGAGCGGCGGGACCGCCGGCAGGUGGAAGGGUUACCGCAGGUAUGGGCCGUGUUAUGCCAGUCAAACCUGGAGGUGUGAGAGCAUCUAAAAAGCAAGAAGCCGUGACUGCCGGGAGGAAUACCAAGGCUACGGGAAAGGACAAGACAAGUGUUUCCAGUGCUUCAAAAAUUCACCACAUGGAUGUCGUGCUGCGCAAAAUGAGCCACAAUAUCCCUGCAGCAGCGUUACAAGUUGCUCACCAAAAGCCACUGCCUUCCUUGGAGAAGUUGAUGCUGCCUAAAAGAAUUGAUAUUAUUCAACAGCCACGGAAAUGUUAAGAUGUGCCUUUAAAAAAAAUCCAAUACAAACCCCACCAUGUUCACGUUGAAGCAAAUUUCUGUUCUAAAUAGCACGUAGCACAUUGGUAAAAGGAUCAAAACCUUGGGUGCUUUGUUAUCUUACUGAAUUCCUGUUGGUGACAAUAAAAUACUUUAUUAGAGUAUUGGGUUGUAUUAAAAUAU